AUGGAUACUGGAUCGGUUACUUCCAAUGAAGAAGAGUCAGAACUGGAGCCAAUGAUUCGUGAACAAAGGGUUCUGCUGGAUAGCUUGGAACGCAUCAUGAACAAAAUGACGAAUGAAACACAUCAACCAGGACAGUCAAUUGAUAUUGCUCGUUGGAAACUUCCAAAGCAUAUUGAAUUGGCAGAUCCUAACUUCGACAAAGCAGGAAAGAUUGAUCUACUCUUAGGAGCAGAACACUACUUCGACAUAAUGCAGGACAAGCAUUUAUCGUUGGCUCUAACGGAAGAAGAUAAGGUAGACCAACAAAUUACGAAAUUUUGGGAACUGGAUUCAUUCUCAACCGAUACACCAUGUCUAUCACCACUGGAGAAACAAUGUGAAAUGCACUUUCUCCAGAACAUUCAGACUGCAAUUGAUAAGAAACCGAUUGUUAGUCUCCCAUUCAUGGAUAAUGCUUCAGCCCUGGGGGAGAGUCGUGAUCUUGCGACACGACGAUUCCUUUCCUUGGAAAAACGGCUAUUGCGAGAUCCACAAACUAAGGCAAGUUAUGUGGAUUUCAUGAAAGAAUAUGAAGCUCUUGGGCAUAUGAAGGAGAUGCACACAAAUGAAAUAACAAAAGCACGGUACUUCAUACCACAUCACUGUGUGCUCAAACCUGAAAGUGCAACAACCAAAUUAAGAGUGGUUUUCGAUGCAUCUGCAGUUACGUCAUCAGGAAAAUCGCUCAACGACUUACUGCACAAAGUUCUACAAGGAGUUCCGAGGGAAGACAUCACUUCAAAUGUACAACUGGAGGAGACUUCAUAUGAGGACUACACGAUUAAGACCCUCGGAAUAACCUGGACACCAACAACAGAUCACCUUUUUGUAAUGAAAGCAAAAAUUUUCAUGCAACACCUCACAAAGGAGGGUUAUGGGUACAAAGACGAUCUGCCGGCUCAUCUUCAGGAGGAAUGGAAACGCUACAGGGAGGAGCUAAAGGUUCUGAACACCAUAAAAGUACCACGUCACGUAUACUCAGGAAAAACACCUGUGACGGCAGAAAUCCACACAUUUGUUGAUGCCUCGGAGAAAGCAUAUGGAGCUGCUGUAUACAUCCGAGCAACAUAUAAGGACAAGCGAAGAACGAUCCAGUUAUUAUGUGCAAAAUCGCACUUAGCACCAAUAAAUACAAUAACGCUACCGCGUCUGGAGCUUAAGGCUGCUGUAUUAGGAGCACAGUUGACUUCCAAAAUAAAGGAAGACUUGGCCAUGAAAAAUGCAUCCACAUAUUACUGGUCUGAUUCACGGAUUGUACUGUCAUGGAUUAAUUGCUCAUCAUCCAUUCGAGAUAAAUUCGUUGCCACUAGAGUUGCAACAAUACAUGAGUUAUCCAUACCAAAACAGUGGAGACAUGUUGCAUCAGAACACAAUGCAGCAGAUGUCCUCUCCAGAGGAAUGACGGCUUCAAAAUUCGCGGAACAUGCCAUGUGGUUCUACGGCCCUAUGUUCCUACAUGGUUCAUCAUCCACAUGGCCGGCUCCUUUUAUUGCUACCAACGAGGAAUUAAUAAUUAUGAAUCCGCCAAAGGUUAGUCAAUCAUCCGUGAUGACUAUCACAAAAGAGGAGGACAUAAUAUACACAAUACAGCAUAAUAAUUCGUUCAACAAGCUACUCAGAGUAAUAGCUUACAUGAUGCGCUUCCGACGUAAGAAGAAAUACAUAAGCCACACCAUUGAGUUUGAAGAAAUAAUGGAAGCCCGAAAAAUUGUUUUCCGCAACAUUCAAAAUAUCGACUUCAAAGAUGACAUCAAACAUCUCAAGAGGCAAAGGGAGACACUAAAGGGCAGUUCAAUCAACUCACUAUCACCAUUCUUAGAUCAGAAUGGAAUUUUGCGUGUAGGAGGUCGACUGGAGGCGGCAAAUAUAUCAUUCGACUCCAAACAUCCGAUACUUCUGCCAUACAACGACCCUGUUGUGAAGAUGAUUCUUGUGCAAAUACACAAGGACAACAUGCAUUGCGGACCUCAGGCUCUAUUGACUACAUCAAGGCAGCAAUUCUGGAUUCUUAAAGGAAAAACUAUGGCUAGGAGCACGGUAAAAGCCUGUGUCAAGUGCACUAAAGCUAAGCCAAAAUUAAUGGAGCAGAUCAUGGGAAAUCUGCCACCACUUAGAGUAACGCAAGCUCGACCAUUUUUCAACUCUGGCGUCGAUUAUUGUGGACCAUUUAAAAUCCACUACAAAGUGAGAGGAAAGAAGCCUAGCACAGCUUACAUUGCCAUAUUCUGCUGUUUCGCGACUAAAGCUGUGCAUCUCGAGCUGGUUAGCGAUCUCACAACAGAGGCAUUCUUGGCAGCACUUCGUCGUUUCAUUGCUCGGCGAGGGAAAUGCCAAGUUCUUCACUGCGACAACGCAACAAAUUUUGUGGGAGCAAAAAACAAGUUGCAGGAAUUACAGGAGGCUAUAUUCUCCGAUAAUGCGAAAACCCAAAUUCUCCAGGAGUGUAACAACAAGGGAGUUCAAUUUAAAUUCAUUCCACCUCGUGCACCACACUUCGGAGGAUUAUGGGAAGCUGCAGUAAAGUCGGCAAAACAUUUAUUACUGAAAAAUGUGACGACAGCCGAUCUUACUUAUGAAGAACUGGAAACAGUUAUAGUCGAAAUAGAGGCCAUAUUGAACUCUCGACCAUUAACACCACUGUCCGAUGACCCAAAUGACGUUACAGCACUAACGCCUGGACACUUCCUAAUUGGAGAGCCACUAACUGCACAAGCUGAUUGUGAACCAUCGCAGCAACCAAAAACGUUAGGUAAUCGAUGGCAGGCCGUUUCAAAACUGAAACAUGCAUUCUGGAAACAAUGGUCGCAGGAGUAUCUACAACAGUUGCAGCAACGUCAAAAUGGAGAAGAUCCUCAGCAAACAUAA